AUGUGGAGAGAUUUGUUUCUAACGGCUGUGGAAGAAUUUGUGCAGAUAACUGUCUCGGACAAGAAUACACCACCAUGGAUUGAUCAUGAAGUGAAACACCUUAUAAGAAAAGAAUAUACGGCCCUACGUCAUUGUGAGGACCCUACUCAGCAAAGAAAAGCAAUUAUACGACCUUUAUCUCAAAACGUUAAAGACAUGAUAAAACAGAAACAUGAAGAAUACAUGGAAAAAUUAAAUCCUCCUUUACUGAUAAUCCAAAAUUCUUUUGGUCAUAUCAUAAGGCGAUUCAUCAUAAUAAACAAUGCUCAAAUGUUUUGA